GUCAAGGCUCGGCCUUCCAUACAGUCUUUUCCCAGAAGGUUCGGAAUAAAAUAAGGUGUUUUAAACUAGUGUCUUUAAGUUGUACGGCCAUUAUUACUAGAUAUAACGUUACCUUGCAAUUCACAUCAAACCUCAACCUUAAAAGAUUGACAUUUCAUAACACUAUGUUGUCCAAGACCUACAUAACUAUCGCACGUUUACACUGCUGUCUGAAAUGAUUGGUCCAAUUGCCGGGGUUCGAUAUUUACUUCCUGUAGGAAACGGAUUCCUAUUGGUUCCUCAUUGAUGACGUAGCUCUUCCGGAUGCCGCAUCAUGAGUUUAGCCUACUCGUUGUCGGCAAAAUGGCCGAGGUAGGUCAGAGGCUGUCCACCGGGGUUUACCGGCUUUCCACUCUCAGAAACAGCCGGAAUCGACCGGUGGUCACCGGAGAAGGUCCCGGAUCUCUGUUGGUUAACUGCACUUUCUGUGACAAUCGAUUAAAAGACGAAUCACGCAGAGAUCAACGUGACGUUCAGCCAAGAACCAAAACAACACAAUCAGAGAACCUUUCCAGAGUGAGGAGAAGUGAAAGUAAACGGGAAAAUGGGACUCUACUUUGUUCCACUUCUUUGGAGCUGGACUCAUCCCGUUUGAUCAAGGAGACCCUGCAAGCUCACACAACGACCUGGUACGUCUCUGCAAGACUGCAUCCUCUCCUCCAGGAGAAGCUGCUGCCUGGCCGGAUGACACCCUGGACCAGGGGAGGUGUCUCCAUCCACCCUGACGCGUUCAGGUGCCCCCAGCAGCUGCGAGCUUUCUGCACCGUUGUCUUCAUCCUGGCAGAGCGAGGGUCAGACAGCCGGAAGCGUCUGAAGCGACACCCCGACCCCCUGCAAGCCUCCACUCGAGGCUACAGCAGACGGAGGGACAGCAGCUCAAAGCAGCCUCCUCUGCUGCACAGAAGCCGGACGUCCUAUUACGACACGCUCAAAGUGUCCCCCGCUGCCACGCAGUCCCAGAUAAAGACGGCCUACUACAAGCAGUCCUUCAUCUACCACCCCGACAAGAACCCGGGCGACGAGGAGGCCACCCAGCGCUUCUCUGAGGUCAGCGAGGCCUACACAGUGCUGGGCAGCAUCAGCCUGAGGAGGAAGUACGACCGAGGCAUCCUGAGCAGGUCAGACGUCCAGGGUGCAGGGAGACCGUCCUCCGGGGAGGCCGCGAGCCAAUCCGCAGGCCCCCCGCAGCAGCAGCAGCAUCUCUACAGAGCCAGGCGCUUCUCCCAAGCGGGGGGGAAGACCAUGUUCGAUUUUGACGCCUUUUACCGGGCUCACUACGGGGAGCAGCUGCAGAGGGAGAGGGACAUGAAAGCCAGGAAGCAGCGCAUGCAGGAGCAGCAGGCGGAGUCUCUUAAAAGGUGGAGGCAGGGGAAAAUGAUGGAGAUGACUGCAGCGAUGCUGCUGGCCAUGGCCGGCCUACUCAUCGUAAAUCUCAGCAAUUCUUGAUGUAGAAGCAGUAACCUGAUGGGGUUGCAUGUGGAGGGGGAGGAGGUGCAAUCUGAGUUUUUUGUGUGAGUUGCAGGGGUAAACAAACGUUGAAUAACUGUCUUUGUCUUUUAAAGGCCACAGAUUUGUUUGUUAAUCAAAAUCUGUGUCUACUUACAAGCUGAUUGUAUUGAGACAGCAACGGAAUGGGAUCCAACACACUUUCCUGGAAAGGGAUCAAAACGGUGGUCUAAAAACCUCACGGCAGGUUGUGGAAUUUUUUUAUUGCUGUGAAUGUUUGUAAGUCCAAGAAUCCGAAAUGGCCCAUGUAUAUUGGCAAUGAAAAUUUUACCAUUUAAUUUAUUACAUAAUCACAAUCUUGUCAACGUUGAUACUUUUGCAGAUGCAGCAACGUGAACAAACAUGAUUUAAACAUACCUGCAAGUUCAGUUCUUAUUAUGAAAUGAUUUAAAGUAUGCAAUUACAAGAUUAUUAGGAAGGUAAUGCACAUUUCUAUGCCUUCUUCCAAGCGCUGAUGUGUUUGUACUGUACAUACAGAAUGCCACAUUAUCGUGACUUUGAUGUGAGGGGAAAAUGUAAAAAAGAAUAUUGUAAAAAUGAGUUGUUUUAUUUAUUCAUAGUAAAUAUGCUGUGGCAAUUAGCGGGCAUGUCUUUGUUGUUAUUUUUGUGGUUGUUAUAAGAUUUGACCUCUAGAGGGCGUCAGAG